AUGUCGCAUCCACAAACCCACCGAGCCCUAAUCCUCGACCAAAUCGGCCAGCCCCUGCGAGUGGACAACGCCUAUCCAACCCCCCAACCCACGCCCGGCAGCGCAAUCGUCAGAAUCCUCGCGGCCGCAACGCUCUCGUACUCCCGCGAAAUCUACAACGGCAAUCGCAAAUACAACCUGUCUACACCGUGCGUGCCGGGAAACGGCGCAAUCGGACGCGUCGUUGCCCUCGGCGCAGACGCCACAACGCUGCAGGAAGGCGACUUGGUGCUCAUCGACAUAUUUGUGCGUGGACGCGACAAUCACCGCGCCUGUGCGCUUUCGGGUGUUCAUGAUGGGCAUUCCGGGCCCGCGAAACGCAUGAUGCAUGGGGAAUGGCGCGAUGGGACGUAUGCGGAAUAUGCAAAGUUGCCGUUGGAGAAUUGCUUUGUGCUGGAUGAGAGGCGGCUGUUGGGUUCGCCGUCUACGGAUUCUAUUUAUGCUGCUGCAACUGCUCAGGGAGAGAUAGGGCUUGGGUAUACGGUUGAAGACUUGCUGCACGCUGCGUCAUACCUUGUCCCGUUUGGGGGACUGAGGGAUGUCGGACUGGGAGUCUCGGAGACGGUGCUCGUCAGUCCAGCAACGGGGAUGUUUGGCAGUGCCGCCGUGCAUGUCGCGCUGGCGAUGGGGGCGAAUGUGAUUGCCAUGGGACGCAAUACGGAUGCCUUAGAGAAGCUCAAGGCGGAUGUUGUGGCGGGUGGGCAAGGGCAUCACAUCCACACCGUGGCCAUCACGAACAAUAUUGAACAGGAGAUGAGCGCGAUUGCCCAAAUCGGCCUGCCUGUUGAUGUCUACUUUGACAUUUCGCCGCCCGCAGCUGCUGGGGCAACGUACACUAAGAGCGGGAUUCUGUCGUUGAGGCAGGGCGGCCGCGUGUCCCUCAUGGGCGGGAUGGGGAGCGAUGUCAGCAUCCCAAUCAAUGCGGUUGUGCAACGGAGCCUGGCGCUGAAGGGCAAGUGGAUGUAUGAGCGCGAGGAUGUCGUGAGGUUGAUUCACAUGGUGGAGAGUGGCAGGUUGAGGCUGGGGAAGAAGGGGAUUAUCGGACGGUUUGGGCUGGAGCAGUGGAAGCAGGCAUUUGACGCAGCUGCUGAGCAGAGCGGUCCUGGGCAGAUGGCUGUGAUUGUUCCAUGA